AUGCCAAAACAAUUGAUAAAAGCUAAAAAUCCUCAUAAUUAAUUUAUUGUAGAUCACAUAGUUGAAUUAAAGAAUAGAUGUUUAAGAACAGGUUAAGAUAAAUUAGCUUUUAUUUAUUAAAAGAUCAUUUAAUCGCUUCAAAAAUAUCCUAUGCCAUUAUUAUGUGAAGAUCAAGUGUAAAUGUUAUAAGGAGUAGGAGAUAAAACAUCAGUUAUGAUUUUACAAUUAAUAAAAAAGUAAUAUCAACAAUAUGAGAUUCCAUUUCAUAAAUUUAAUGCAGCAUUAAUAUAAGAUAAUUUAGAUAUAAUAAAUGAAUAAGAUGAUGAUAUGGAUUAAAUUUUUUCAGAAAGUUGUCCACCUUCUAUGGUAUGCGUUGAAGAUAAUACUUCAAAAAGAAAGGAAAAAUAAUUUUAAGCUUCAUUUAUUGAAGAACUUCGAAAAUAAGUUAUCAAGCCUAUUCCAGAUUUGUAAUCAAAAAGUAAGAGAUAAUAUCAACCUGGAAAAAAUUCAAAAAGUGGAUAAGUACUAAUGAGUUUGUAUAAAUUUUAAAAAAGUGAAAAUAAACUUUUUGCUUCGAAAAAAUAAAUAAAAGAAUAAUUAAGAGAGUAAUUUUAAAAUUUAUUUAGAAUUUGUAACAGUGAAUUAAGUAGUUGGAAUACUAUAGAGACAUUGGAGAAGCAUUAAUUAAUAUAAAAGUAAAUUGAUAAAAUUAAUCAGAACUGUGCUAGAUAAUGAAAUAAAAUAUGCUUUAACAGAAGAUGGGAUAAAAUUAGGAUAAUAAUAUUUUACAGAAACUAUGAUCUAAUAAUAAAUGAUAGCACCUUCAGAAAGACCAUAAAAAAUUAUAUUAUUAAUAGAUAAUAGAGAAAGAUUUUAGAGUAAUAAUCGGUAGAUAAUAUAUGAGAAACUUAUUAAUAUAUAUCAAAUAGAGUGUAGAUUAAGUUAAUUGCCAAUAGGUGAUUUUAUGUGGAUUUGCUAAAAAGGAGAUGAUGAAUAUAUUUGUGAUUAUAUAAUAGAAAGAAAAACAAUACAAGAUUUAGCUCAUAGUAUACUGGAUAAAAGAUAUUAGGCUUAAAAACAUAGAUUAAAACAUUGUGGAAUUAAUAAUAUAUUUUAUUUAGUAGAAAAUACUCAAUCAUCUAAUUUGCCAGUACCAAGAGCAACAAUUGAAAAAGCAAUUAGGAGUACUUAAAUUAAGGAUGGUUUUUAUAUUUAGUAAACAGAUACUUUAGAAGAUUCAUUAAGAUGGUUGGCUUUGUUUACAAAAACUGUGAAAGUAUUACCAAACGCUAUAAAAUUUUCUGAAUUUUUGUACAAUAAUUCAAAGAAAGCAGAAUCUCUUUUUAAUUUAUGGGGUAGUAUGUUAAGAGGUAUACAUGGAGUAGGUUUAGAAUCUGCUAAAGCUAUAGCAUGUGUUUGGAAAACUCCAAUAGAAUUCUAUGAUGCCAUAAAUUAGGAUGAAUCAAAAAGUUUAUAAUAAUUAAUUGAGGAAAAUUCUAUCAAAUAAAGAUAAAUACCAAGUCAUAUUUUAAGAUAAAUUGAAAUUUUAUUUUAAAAAGAACAAUAUCCAAAUUGA